AUGUCGAAACAGCCAGUAUCCAACGUUAGAACCAUCCAGGCAAAUAUCAAUAUUCCGAUGGGAGCCUUUCGGCCAGGAGCUGUGCAGCCUCCUCCAAGCACAGAGUGCACUCCUGCCACUACCGAGAACCCUACUACUUCGGAGGAAGAGAAGAAGCCAAUUCACGGAGCAAAAAAACUCCCAGGACCUGUUGUCAACCUGUCCGAGAUCCAAAAUGUUAAAAGCGAACUGAAGUAUGUCCCUAAAAUGGGACAGGAGUUCAAACGGGAGUAA